AUGGGCCUCUUGCCUCUUACCUACACCCGUCCCAAGCAUGUGGACCGGGACUCCUGGAACAGCUCGUCGGGCGGAGACUCUUCCUGCUCUGACAACGAGAAGAGUGAUGGAUCCGUCAAGUCUGGCCAGUCCGGCCAGUCGACUGGUAUCCCAGACUCGUUGGCUUUCGACAAGAUCAUCAACGGCGGCACCUGUCCUCCCAUGACUGUCCGUGACUUCAUGACCUACCUCAUCUAUGUGGAGCACGCCGCCGAGAACCUGCAGUUCUACCUCUGGUACAGGGACUACGAGAAGCGCUUCAACGAAGCCGACACGGCCGAUGUCAAGCUCGCCCCCGAGUGGACCCAGGCCAUGCACGAGGAAGCCGUCGCCAAGAUCCGAAAAGAAAACGUUGACAAGGUUCGGAAGGAGUCGAAGGGAACCGAGAUGUUCAAGGGAACCGACUUCGAGAAGCAGGGUGGUGAGAAUGUUGUUGACAAUGCCAACCCAUUCCACACGCCCCCUCAAAGCAGCCAGGGUGAAUCCCCUACCAUGUACACAGCCUCCAAUGCUGCUCCUUCGACCAACGCCUCCAGCUAUCAGACACAGGCCUCGGAGGCUUUCCAGUCCGCUGGCGUUCGUCAGCCAUUCACAAUCCAGCCUUUCCGCGAAGAGAUUAACCGUGUCAUUGUGAACUACAUCAUGGACGAUGCCCCGAGACAGCUGAACCUAUCUGCGACUGAGCAGAAGGCGGCCAUGCUGGCCCUGUCUCACACUACCCAUCCCAGUGCAUUCCGAGGCAUCUUCAAGACCAUCGACUCGAGCUUGCGCCACCAGGCCCACCCCAACUUCGUCAGGUGGUCUAUCUGCAACGGCAACCCUGCUCGUGUCUUCUUCGCUCGCGCUCUGGGUGUCGGUCUUAUUAUCGCCGGCUUGAUGCUGGGCGUUAUUCUUUGCCUCAGCAAGGCCGGACGUGGCUACCGUGCCCUGUCAGCCAUUGCCCUCGUCCUGGGCAUUAGCACACUCGUCGCGGCCUACAAAGGCAUGUGUGUUGUGCUGCACGGCAUGCACCACCGCCACAUUCGGCCGUGGGAGCUGUUCGUUGAUAGCGAGAGGCUCAACUCCCUGGAAAAGCGCAGCUUCGACUCGUUCUCUUCGUCCAACAGCUAUGAGGAUGAGCCGUGGAUCGUCAAGUACGAGAAGCGCAACAUCGUGCGAAAGGUCUUUGACCGUGAGGUUUGGAUCCAGGAGCCUGCGUUGCGACAGAUUCAGGACACCAUCUUCAUCCAGGCUAUGCUGGCGGCGAUUCUCCUAGGCGGUGCCAUCACAGGCAUCUUGGUUGCCGUCCCUAGUGGCAACUACUUCUAA